GUUCACCUGCUGCCGUUGUCGCCGCCGCCGCCCGGGCUGGAUGGGGGGCCGAGACCAGCCAGUGGCACCUGGAAGGAAGAGACGCGGCGGCGGCGACGCCGACACCCGCUGGACAAGUGUCUCGCUUCGCCCGCGAGCUCAAGGAGGAGGCGGCGAGGCCCGGCCCCCACGGCCCCUGGUAUAGAGAAGCUGCGUCGCCGCUGCGGCCGGGACUCCCUGGGCUCUCGCCCCUCAGGUCUCAUUCACACUCAGGACCCCACGUUGCGCCAUGUUCAAGAAACUGAAGCAAAAGAUCAGCGAGGAGCAGCAGCAGCUCCAGCAGGCGCUGGCUCCUGUUCAGGCUUCCUCUAAUUUGUCACCAACAAGAACUAAGAGCAGGACAUCUUCAUUUACAGAGCAACUUGAUGAAGGUACACCCAAUAGAGAGAAUGCAUCUAUCCAUGUCACAAAAUCUCCCGAAAGUGUUAAUGGAAGUGAACCAACCACUCCUCAGUCAGGUGACAUUCCCACUUUUGCACAGAAGCUUCAGCUCCGGGUGCCUUCCGUGGAGUCUUUGUUUCGAAGUCCGAUAAAGGAAUCUAUAUUCCGAUCUUCUUCUAAAGAGUCUUUGGUACGAACGUCUUCCAGAGAGUCCCUGAAUCGACUUGAUCUCGAUUAUUCUUCUGCUAUCUUUGAUCCACCCUCUGAUAUGGAGAGUGAGGCUGAAGACUCACUAGGGAAUUCAGACAGUCUCAACAAAGAACAGUUGAUUCAGCGGUUGCGAAGAAUGGAACGAAGCCUAGGUAGCUACAGAGGAAAAUAUUCUGAGCUUGUUACAGCUUAUCAGACUCUUCAGAGAGAGAAGAAAAAGCUACAAGGUAUAUUAAGUCAGAGUCAGGAUAAAGCACUUCGGAGAAUUGGAGAAUUAAGAGAGGAGCUCCAAAUGGAUCAGCAAGCCAAAAAACAUCUCCAAGAGGAGUUUGAUGCAUCUUUAGAGGAGAAAGAUCAGUAUAUCAGUGUUCUCCAAACUCAGGUUUCUCUCCUGAAACAACGAUUACGAAAUGGCCCAAUGAAUAUUGAUGUAUCGAAACCACUCCCUCAAGUGGAACCACAGGCAGAAGUCCUCACUAAAGAAGAGAACACGGAGAGUGAUAUAGAACCAGUAGUGGGAGAUGAAGCUUCUGCUAAAACACUGGAAAUGCUUCAGCAAAGAGUUAAGAGACAAGAGAAUCUACUUCAGCGUUGUAAAGAAACAAUUCAGUCACAUAAGGAACAAUGUACACUGUUAACCAGUGAAAAAGAAGCACUGCAAGAACAACUAGAUGAAAGACUUCAAGAACUAGAAAAGAUGAAGGAGCUUCACAUGGCUGAGAAGACUAAACUUAUCACUCAGUUGCGUGACGCAAAGAACUUAAUUGAACAGCUUGAACAAGAUAAGGGUAUGGUAAUAGCAGAGACUAAACGUCAGAUGCAUGAAACCCUGGAACUGAAAGAAGAAGAAAUUGCUCAACUCCGUAGCCGCAUCAAACAGAUGACUACUCAGGGUGAGGAAUUACGGGAACAGAAGGAAAAGUCUGAAAGAGCUGCUUUUGAGGAACUUGAAAAAGCUUUGAGCACAGCCCAAAAAACAGAGGAGGCACGGAGAAAAAUGAAGGCAGAAAUGGAUGAACAAAUAAAAGCUAUUGAAAAAACAAGUGAGGAGGAACGCAUCAGCCUUCAACAGGAAUUAAGUCGGGUGAAACAGGAAGUUGUUGACAUAAUGAAAAAAUCCAAUGAAGAACAAAUUGCUAAACUGCAGAAGCAGCAUGAAAAUGAGCUGGCCAGCAAACAGCAGGAAUUGAUGAAAAAGUUUGAGACCCGAGAAAAGGAAUUACAGGAGCAAAUGAAAGUAGCCCUUGAAAAGAGUCAAUCAGAAUAUUUGAAGAUCACCCAAGAAAAAGAGCAGCAAGAAUCUUUGGCCCUGGAAGAAUUAGAGUUACAGAAAAAAGCAAUCCUCAUAGACAGUGAAAAUAAACUUCGGGACCUUCAGCAAGAAGCAGAGACUUACAAAACUAGAAUUCUUGAAUUGGAAAGUUCUCUGGAGAAAAGCUUACAAGAAAACAAAAAUCAGUCAGAAGAUUUAGCUGUUCAUUGGGAAGCUGAAAAAAAUAAGCACAAUAAAGAAAUUACAGUCUUGGUUGAAAAACACAAGACAGAACUGGAGAGUCUGCAGCAUCAGCAGGAUAACCUUUGGUCUGAAAGACUCCAAGUCUUAAAGCAACAGCAUCAGACUGAAAUGGAAAAACUUAGAGAAACAUAUGAACAAGAAAAAGAAACACUAUUGAAAGACAAAGAGAUUCUUUUCCAGGCCCACAUAGAAGAGAUGAAUGAAAAGACUUUAGAAAAGCUUGAUGUGAAGCAAACAGAGCUAGAAUCAUUAUCUUCUGAAUUGUCAGAGGUAUUAAAAGCUCGUCACCAGCUAGAAGAGGAACUUUCUGAUCUAAGGGAUCAAGCUGAUAAAAUGAAGCAAGACUUAGAAGCCAAGCUGAAUGAACAGAAGAAUCAUCACCAGCAGCAAGUUGAUACUAUGAUUAAAGAACAAGAAAUGUCUAUCCAGAGAACGGAGAAGGCAUUGAAAGAUCAAAUUAAUCAACUGGAGCUUCUCUUGAAAGAAAAGGACAAGCACUUGAAAGAGCAUCAGGCUCAUGUAGAAAAUUUAGAGGCAGAUAUUAAAAGGUCUGAGGGAGAACUCCAAGAGGCAUCUGCUAAGCUGAAUCUUUUCCAGUCACACCAGAGUACCACACGUGAACAGGCAAAAGCAUAUGAGGAGCAGUUGGCUCAGUUGCAGCAGAAGUUGCUGGAUUUGGAAACAGAAAAAAUUCUUCUUACCAAAAAGGUAGCUGAAGUUGAAACACAAAAGAAAGAUGUUUGUACCGAGUUAGAUACUCAAAAAACCCAGGUGCAGGACUUAAUGCAGCAGCUUGAAAAACAACGUAGUGAAAUGGAGGAAAAAAUAAAAUCUUUAACCCAACUCUAUGAGUCCCAACUUAAGGAUAGUAACAUUGAGCAGGAACAGACAAAUCAAAUUUUGAUGGAAAAGGAACAUAUAAUUUUACAAAUGAAAGAAGGACAGAGCAAAGAAAUUGAGAUUCUCAAACAGAAGUUGUCAGCCAAGGAGGACAGUAUUAGUAUUUUGCAUGAGGAAUAUGAAAACAAAUUUAAAAAUCAAGAAAAAAAGAUGGAAAAAAUUAAGCAGAAAGCAAAGGAGAUGCAAGAGACAUUAAAAAAAAAAUUGUCUGAUCAGGAAGCCAAACUUAAAAAAGAGCUUGAAAAUACUGUUCUAGAACUUAGUCAGAAAGAAAAACAGUUCAAUGUGAAAAUGUUGGAAAUGGCACAGGCUAACUCAGCUGGAAUCAAUGAUGCAGUAUCAAGACUGGAAACAAAUCAAAAGGAGCAAAUAGAGAGUCUCACUGAGGCGCACAGGCGAGAACUCAGUGAUGUCAUAUCAAGCUGGGAAAAGAAACUUAAUCAGCAAGCUGAAGAACUUCAGGAAAAACAUGAAAUCCAGUUACAAGAGAAAGAACAAGAAAUAGCAGAACUGAAGCAAAAGGUCCUCAUAUUUGGGUGUGAAAAAGAAGAGAUGAACAAGGAAAUAACAUGGCUGAAAGAAGAAGGUGUUAAGCAGGAUACUACAUUAAAUGAAUUACAGGAACAGUUAAAGCAAAAGUCUGUUCAUAUGACCUCUCUCUCACAAAAUGAAACUAAACUGAAAGCACAACUUGAAAAGCUGGAGGUUGACUUGAAUCUUUCUCUGAAGGAAAAUACUGUUCUUCAAGAGCAGCUAGUUGAACUGAAAAUGCUAGCAGAAAAAGAAAACCUUAAGGUUUCUGAGUUAACAGACAAGUUGAAAAUUAUGGAUGAGGAAUUUCUCAGUUUGAAAUCUUUACAUGAAAACUGUAAGAAAAGCCUAGAAGACAAAAGUGUGGAAUUCAAAACAUUAUCUGAGGAACUAGCAUUUCAGCUAGACGAUUACUCUAAGAAAACUGAAGCUCUAUUGGAAGCUAAAACAAAUGAGCUAAUCAACAUUAGUAGUAGUAAAAUUAAUGCCCUUCUUUCUAGGAUUUCCCUCUGUCAACACCACACAACUAAAGUUAAGGAGGCCCUGCUAAUGAAAACCUGCAGAGUUUCUGAAUUGGAAGCACAACUUACACAGCUAACACAAGAACAAAAUGUACUGAAUAGUUCUUUUCAACAGGCUACCCAUCAGCUAGAAGAAAAAGAAAAUCAAAUUAAGAGCAUGAAGGCUGAUAUUGAAGGACUUGUGACAGAAAAAGAAGCCUUACAGAAGGAAGGAGGCAAUCAGCAGCAGGCUGCCUCUGAAAAGGAGUCUUGUAUCACACAGUUAAAGAAAGAGUUAUCUGAAAACAUCAAUGCUGUCACACUGAUGAAAGAAGAGCUUACAGAAAAAAAAUCUGAGAUCAGCAGUCUUAGUAAACAACUAGCUGAUUUAAACACUCAACUUCAGAAUAGUAUCAGCCUAACUGAAAAAGAAGCAGCCAUUUCAUCUCUCACUGAGCAGUAUAACAAACAGCAGCGUGAAUUACAGGAUCAGGUACAAGAUUUGUCUUUAAAAAUUGAUACCCUGAGUAAAGAGAAAAUGUCUGCUCUUGAGCAGGUGGAUCACUGGUCCAACAAAUUCUCAGAAUGGAAGAAAAAAGCUCAGUCAAAACUUAUGCAGCAUCAAGACACUAUUAAAGAAUUGAAGAUGCAGUUUGAGUUAAAAACAAAGGAAACUAAUGAAAAGGAUGAGGAGAUAAAUUUAUUGAAGGAAGACUUGGAUGAACAAAAUAAAAGAUAUGAAUGUUUAAGGGGUGAAAUGGAAGACAAGAUGAGCAAGAUGGAGAAAAAGGAGUGUAAUUUAGAGACUGAAUUAAAGACUCAAACAGCAAGGAUUGUGGAAUUAGAGGACCAUAUUACUCAGAAAACAAUUGAAAUUGAGUCUUUACGUGAAGUUCUUACAAAUUACAAUCAACAAAAAGAUGUUGAACAAAAAGAAUUGGUUCAGCAACUUCAACACUUUGAAGAGUUAGGAGAAGAAAAGGACAACAGAAUUAAAGAAGCUGAGGAAAAGGCUUUAAGACUUGAAAAGCAAAUGUCUUCGAUGGAAGCUGAGCUUGAAAUUAAGAAGCAAGAAAUAGAACAUGUGAAUUCAUGUGUGAAAAGCAAAGAAGAUGAGUUAAAGGCAUUGGAAGAUAGACUUGAGUUAGAAAGUGCUGCAAAACUAGCAGAACUGAAGAAGAAAGCUGAGCAAAAAAUUGCCGCUAUCAAGAAACAGUUGUUGUCUCAAAUGGAAGAGAAAGAACAACAAUAUAAAAAAGGUACAGAAAGCCAUCUGAGUGAGCUAAACACAAAAUUGCAAGAAAGAGAAAGGGAAGUUCAUAUUUUGGAAGAGAAACUUAAGUCAAUGGAAAGUCCUCCACAAUCAGAAACAUCAGUUAUAUCCAGCUCAGCCAAAAAUGUGGCUGCUUCUGCUGAGCAAGAAGAAACAGAUUCCCAAGGCUGUGUGCAAAAGGCAUAUGAAGAAAAACUUAGUGUUUUACAAGGAAAUCUAACAGAAAAAGAAAAGCUGUUGAAGAGACUAGAGCAGGAAAAAGAAGAGGCAAUUUCAUCUUAUUCUGAAAUGCAGUGUAAGUACCAGGAGCUCUUAUUAAAGUUAGAAAGUGCUGAAGCAAAGCAACAUGAACAUCAAAUUGUAAUAGAUCAUCUUCAGGAGGAACUUGAGGAAAAAAAGAAAUAUCCCUCGAUAAUGUCCCAGCAUGUGGAAGAAGAGGGAGGUAAAAAUAAUGUAGAGACAAAGCAAAACUGGGAAAACGUGGCUGAUGGUGUCCAGAAAACCCUCCAGGAGCAGGAACUAACCUGUCAGACCUUGGAGCAAAAGAUAAAAGAGCUGGAUUCCUGCUUAGUAAGAGAGAAGGAAGCACAUAGAGUUGAAAUGGAAGAGUUAACCUUAAAAUAUGAAAAAUUACAGGCUUUACAACAACAGAUGGAUGGAAAAAAUAAACCCACUGAAGUUUUGGAAGACAAUACUGAAGAAAAAUCCAAAUCACAUGUGGUCCAACCCCAGUUGCUUGGUAACGUGGAAGCCGUACACAAUGACCUGGAGUUUAAAUUAGCAGGGGCAGAGCGGGAAAAACAGAAACUGGGCAAGGAGAUCGUUAGAUUGCAGAAAGACCUUCGGAUGUUGAGAAAGGAACAUCAGCAAGAAUUGGAAAUAUUAAAGAAAGAAUGUGAACAAGAAAUGGAGGAGAAAAUCAAGCAGGAACAGGAAGAUCUUGAGUUGAAGCACAAUUCCACAUUAAAACAGCUGAUGAGAGAGUUUAAUACUCAGCUGGCACAAAAGGAGCAGGAGCUGGAAAUGACCAUAAAAGAAACGAUCAAUAAGGCCCAGGAGGUAGAAGCUGAACUUUUGGAAAGCCAUCGAGAAGAGACAAAUCAGUUACAUAAAAAAAUUGCAGAGAAAGAUGAUGAUCUAAAAAGAACAGCCAAAAGAUAUGAAGAAAUCCUUGAUGCUCGUGAAGAAGAAAUGACUGCCAAAGUAAUGGACUUGCAAACUCAGCUUGAGGAGCUACAGAAGAAAUAUCAGCAAAAGCUUCAACAGGAGGAAAAUUCUGGCAAUGAUAAUGUAACAAUUAUGGCACUACAGACUCAGCUAGCACAGAAGACUUCUUUAAUCAGUGAUUCAAAGUUGAAAGAGCAAGAGUUCAGAGAACAGAUUAAUAAUUUAGAAGACCGUUUAAAGAAAUAUGAAAAUAACCUAUAUGCAGCAACUGUGGGAACACCUUGCAAAGGUAGCAAUUUGUACCAUACGGAUGUCUCACUCUUGGGAGAACCUACUGAGUUUGAGUAUCUGCGAAAAGUGCUUUUUGAAUAUAUGAUGGGUCGUGAGACUAAGACCAUGGCAAAAGUUAUAACCACUGUAUUGAAGUUCCCCGAUGAUCAGACUCAGAAAAUUUUGGAAAGAGAAGAUGCUCGAUUAAUGUCAUGGCUCCGAUCUUCAUCUUGAAGAAAUGGGGAGAGUGAUUUGGGGCAACUGCUGCUCUGAAACUUUUCACAUUUGCUCCUCUUUGAUAAUGAAGCUGUCAUUCAGGGUCCCUCAUACAGCUGGAAGACUAAGAAAAAUCUGACAUUGACCCACAGAUAUAUUGCAGACUGCUUUUUAAAUAGAUUUUUAUCAGUGGAGAUAUGGUAAUAGUUUUUUGUUUUUUUUUUUCAGUUUCUGUUGGGAAGAGUUUUAUGUUGUUUAAAAGAUAUUUUGAAUAACUUAACUUGAUUUAUGGACUCAAUAAUGUUUCUUUCUUCCAUUUUUUUCUCCUCCCUUUAAAGAAUUGCUUGUCUUUCUUAUUUAUUUUUAGAGUGAUUUUUUUUUUCUUUUUUAAAGACUUGUGCAAUACAUUUUGAGAUGAAACAGCAGAUUUUUAAAAAUAAUUAAAGCAUUUAAUUGACUAUUACCUAGAUUGAUUUGUUGACUAUUUGUUAAAGACUAGUUCUUUAAGCUAUGUACACAUGAUAAAUCCCAAAUGGCAGUACCUCAUUGUUUACUUAGCUUUUGUACUUAUAUUUUUCAGAGGAAAAAAUACUACUGUAAAUUGUAAAUAGUCAAUACAUAAUGGUAUUGUACACGAAUCUGUGACUGGCAAUGUCAUCUUGGAGGAACAGACAAAUAAAGUUUAUUUACUAUAUAACA